ACCACGGGGUGAAAAACUAUUACAGAAAACACUUGAAAGUAACAGAAGAGGUUAUCGCUGAAGUUGAACAACGUGGCAUUUUGAAAUAUAAUAUAAAAUGUAUGAUUUUGAGUCAUUUCAGUCCUGCGACACAGAUGACCAAAAGCUGGAGAAUGAGUCAGUGAACCAAGCCAUCGUCGAGAAUCCAGUGACUUUUCAUUGUGGACAAUGCAACACCGUGUGGGCUGAUUCCCGAGGGAUCUGUGGAGAAGCAACAUCUAGCAACUCUCUCAUUUGUCUUGAGGUAACCCAAGAUGUGACCAUCAAUAGUGGACGUGAGUGGAGCCUGGAUGGUCUGUUCAGUGCAUGUGUGUACAACACUCUCCAAUGCGCCGGCUGUCUCUGCCUCAUGGGUGUAAUCCUCUACUCGACACCACAGCACCUGACUGCUCUGCGAAACCUCUUUCUCCUCAAGAAAGACAAGAUGUACUGUUAUAUUUUCAGCACUGGCCAAACGGUGAAAGCCUCUACACUCAACUUUAAUGUAACACCACUAGGAGAACGUGUAAGUGAGCUGAGACAACUGAUCCAGGAAACGGAAAGUCACCUUAGCAAUGUGUCAGCAGUGAUGGAUGACACCCGCACGAAUGAAGCGACCUCAUCCGUUCAGUCGACAAGCUGAUCCUACCUGGGUCGUGUUUCAUAUAGCAAAACGUUUUAAAACAGAAAAUGUGCGUUUUUCUUAUUGGACAAGUUCCAAGUAUUUUCUUCCCGUUUUGUGCCUAAUGAACACAAAGAGCCUGUUCUGUUUGACAAUCCUCCGUCAACUGCACUUUAUUCUCUAGUUCCAUGUUCUCUGUUUUUGAAGGGCCUUUUUGUAGCCUGGGUACCAAUCUGUUUGUGCCAUCAUGCCAAAAUACAGUUCAGAAUAAUUUGACUAAAUGGAGGACAUUCCUAUGUGGUGUUCCACCAAAAAUGGACAAUUGAGUGAAAAUGGGGGUUCCCUCAAAUGUUAAAAAAGUAGCUACCUCGUAUUCUACUGUUAAAUGUGUUUGCCUCAUAGUUUAUGGUAGAUGGAAAUAUACUUUAUCAAUGUUUACUAAUGUGAAGCUCCACAUAGAUGAGACAUGGCACUGUGUGUGUGUGUGUUCAGGUAUUAAAACUUAGGUAAACCAAUAAAUGUCUUCAUUUCCAUACUUCUA